CAUUUCACAAACACAUCAUUAUCUCGUUUCCCUUGAUCUACUCUCUUGAACUCCCUGCCGACUCCCAACUCCCCCAGCCCCAGGUCUCACGCCGCCGGUCGCCGCCCUCCCGCCUCUCCGAGCGCCUCCGCCGCCCGCGAGAUCCCCAGAGCGACGGCCUUUCGGCCUCCCCCAUCCGUCCGCCUCCCUGCCGGAGGACUGGAGCCAGAUUGCUGGUCCAGUCCCGUCCCCCCUGGCCAGCGCCGUUCUCUGCUCCACUCAACCGGCGACCCCUCCCGCGGACGCGGCAGGCCGAGGCGUGAUGUGCGGAUCGGAGCAUGGACGUGAUCGCCUCGCCCAGUAGAAGCUGCAGCAGCCGUUGUCGGAGCAGGGUUUGCGUCGUCUACUGCCAUGACGAUCUACCUAGCUCGGGAGGCUUCCAAGGUAUGGAGGAAGGUGUGCGCGGAGACGACGACCGAGCUGCCGCUACUUCGCGAGAAGUGGCCGCUACUCCUCGCGGGGAUUGUGUUUCAGUAUAUUCAUGGGCUGGCUGCUCGAGGAGUGCAUUACUUGCAUCGGCCUGGACCACUGCUCCAGGACCUGGGAUUUAUGGCCCUUCCAGAGCUUGGACAAGACAAAAAUUAUCUUAGUGAAUGCACAUUUGUUUUCAUCUUCUUCUCCUUUUUUCUGUGGACCUUUCAUCCUUUCAUUUAUCAUAGCAAACGCUUCUACACCAUCCUAAUCUGGCGCAGGGUGCUUGCUUUUUUAGUUGCUUCACAGGUUUUAAGGAUCAUUACAUUCUAUUCAACCCAGCUUCCAGGUCCAAACUAUCACUGUCGUGAGGGCUCAAAUAUGGCCACUCUUCCACCACCCAAUAAUGUGCUUGAAGUGCUCCUGAUCAAUUUUCCUCGUGGAGUAAAUCUUGGGUGUGGUGAUCUUAUAUUUUCAUCCCAUAUGAUUUUCACUCUUGUUUUCGUCCGAACAUAUCACAAAUAUGGCUCAAAAAGGUUUAUUAAGCUCCUUGCCUGGGUCAUGGCUAUAGUUCAAAGUCUUCUCAUCAUUGCCGCUCGCAAGCACUACACCGUUGAUGUUGUUGUUGCCUGGUAUGCCGUUAAUCUAGUUGUGUUCUUCGUGGACACCAAGCUUCCAGAAAUGCCGGACCGUUCAAACGGGUCGCCCUUGAUUCCGCUGAGCAACAAAGAUAAAGAUGGGAGGCCAAAGGAUGAGAAAGACGUGAUGCUGAAGGACGAGUUCCAUAAGCUGUUGAACGGGAACCAUGGGGAUCCUACUGAUCGGCGGCAGCGGGUGCAGAUGAACGGGAGGCACCCCGAGGAGGACAUGAGCAGCAUGCUGUCCGACGCCACACCCAACGGCACAUGAGCGCUUCUCCAGUAGUCCACCACCGGGAGUUUUGUCCCGGCGCGCCCGAGGAGAAUCCUGUGGGCGGGCGACGGUCGAAACUGCCCGGCCCAUUCUGUCUGCAUGCUGAAGCCCCACCCAUCGUUCAGUUGAGCCACCCUCCCUCCAUUGCGAUGGCCUUCCCUUCAACAACAACACCAAAAAGGAUUGAUGAUGGAUGUGGGUGUACAUGUACAUAUCGUCCGACCGACAGACCAGCUUAAUUCUAUCAUCAUCUAUUGAUGCAUUCA